GCCCAGCAGCAGGAAGGACCGCCGCCGGAUUUCAGUGUCUCCUCCAGCGCCUCCUCCAACCGAAGUCAAAAUGAAGCGCCGCCGUGCAACCAUGUGGAAAUACACUAUGCCGUGGGUGGUGGCAUGGGCGGCGUGGCAAGUGGGCGCCUCUCCGUCGGACGGGCGUUCCUCGGACCCGCACAUCCAGCAAGGCGCUCAGCCCGAGAUCCACUCCUACCCGAGCGAGGUGGCGCUUGGGAAUCCAGACACAAUGGCCACCGACAUCCCGGGGGCGCCGCUCAGCCCGGCGGACUUCGAGAACAGCGCCGUCAUGAUCCCUGAGGCAGUGGACACGAGCCAUCAGGCGGACCCCAUCGAGCUGGCCGGCCUCUUCCAGGGGGACAUAAUGCUUGUCCCGCGCGAUCAGCUCAAGGAACUCAACAUGAUCCCCAAGACCAGGAGCGCCAUGACGGACGUGCACAGGAGGUGGCCUAACGGCAUCAUUCCGUAUGUAAUCUCACAGACAUACGACGAGAGCGAGCGCGCCACCAUCGCCAAGGCCAUGAGCGAGUACCACCAGAAGACCUGCAUUCGCUUCGUCCCCAGAACCAUCGAGAAAGAUUACAUCCACAUUCUUAAAGGAGAUGGGUGCUCGAGCUCAGUGGGCCGCGUGAAGGGCGCCCAGCAGGUGUCCCUCGGGCCCGGCUGUCUCUACGUGGGAAUAGUCAUGCACGAGUUCAUGCACGUGGCCGGCUUUUGGCACGAACAGUCCCGCUCGGAUCGUGAUAACUAUAUCACGAUCAACAAGCUGAACGUACAGGACGGUAUGUGGUACAACUUCGAGAAAUACGGAUGGGACAAGAUUCAGAGCCUCGGCGUGGGAUACGAUCUCGAGUCCAUCAUGCACUACGGCCCGUACGCCUUCGCCAAGGAAAGGAAACCCACCAUCAUCCCGAGGGAGACCGGGGUGGAGAUGGGGCAGCGCAGGGGCUUCUCCAAGCGAGACAUAGAGAAACUGCAGAAGCUCUACAACUGCGCCAACACGACUUUCUUCACGACGAACGCCCCAGCCGACGUUCCUUCGACAAAGGAGUGCGUCGACAACAACGACCAGUACUGCACUCCCUGGGCCGACCGGGGCGAGUGCGAGAACAACCCGAUCUGGAUGAACGUCAACUGCAGGAAAGCUUGUCGGCAAUGCGGUGGUGCCACAGGUAAGGAGUGCCAGGAUCACAGCGUUCACUGUAGGAUCUGGAUGGAGAUGGGCGAGUGCACCGGGAACGUGGAUUAUAUGUCUCUCUUCUGCAAGAAGUCUUGUGGUCUGUGCAUGGACACCGAAGCAGCUGACUCCCCCAUGAAGCGGUGUGAGGACAAGAACCGCUUCUGCCACUCUUGGGCCAAGAUGAACAACUGCUUGACCAACCCCGACUAUAUGCUCGUCUAUUGCAAAAAAUCGUGCAAGCAGUGCUAAUCUCGGAGGACUUCGAUGCUGGGAAUCAUUGAGUCGUUCACGGAUGGUCUUUUUCCCAUGGUAGAAACUCCUGCAGAAGGAUGGACUUGAGAAGUUGAGUUUGUUCUCUGCAGAAAAAAUACAGAUGGUUGAUUUCUUCCAUGUUCAUGUGUUUAUGUACUAUGUAUGUUUACAUACAUUUAUAUGCGUCUGCUUGCUUGUUUGAUUGUUUGUAAAUGAAGAUUAUAUGUGUGUGUGUGUGUAAGCGGGUAUAUAUGUGCAGGUAUCUACAGUCAGAAACACACACACACAUACACACACGCACACACACACACACACACACACACACACACACACACACACACACACACACACACACACACACA